AUGGAGAAGGGAGCAGCUGCUGAACGUUUUUUCAGUGACAAGGAGUCUUUUCAAGAGAUUGCGGGGAUUGCUUCAGGGUUCUCCGAAGCACAGCACUAUGUUGGGGGAAAUGCUGCUUUAAUUGGACAGAAACUUGCAACCAAUUCAAAUUUGAAGGUUCUCCUUUGUGGUCCUGUUGGCCCUAAACUACACGAACUUCUUGAUGACAAUGUAUUUGUUCCCCCAGAGUCAAUGCAAGAAGUGGAUGAGUUCCACCUUAUUUUGGAGUAUCAAGCAGCCGAGCAGUGGGGGCAGCUGAGUGCCCCCAAUGCCAACCGCUUCAUAUUCUCCCACGAUUUGUCAAAUGGGGCUAUGAACAUGCUGGAAGUAUUUGUGUCCAGCCUGGAUGAGUUUCAGCCAGACCUGGUGGUGCUCUCUGGACUGCACAUGAUGGAAGGGCAGAGCAAAGAGAUUCAUCAGAAGAGACUCCUGGAGGCAGUGAUUUCCAUCUCCGAUAUCCCCACUGAUAUUCCAGUUCACCUGGAGCUGGCCAGCAUGACUGAUCGUGAUUUCAUGAGCAGUAUCAUGCAGCAGGUCUUCCCCUUGGUGAAUUCAAUCGGUUUGAAUGAACAGGAGCUGCUCUUUCUCAGCCAGUCGGCGUCUGGACCGUACGCCUCCCUCACGUCCUGGACAGGCAUCCCCGACGUGGGGAUAGUCAGCGACCUGCUCUUCUGGAUUUUGAAAGAAUACGGAAGCCAGGAAGACAGGGCCUCAGAUCUCACCCGGAUCCAUUUCCACACUCUGGCUUACCACAUUCUGGCCACCGUAGACGGGUCCUGGGGCAACCAGGUAGCGGCCGUGGCUGCCGGGGCCCGAGUCGCGGGGACGCAGGCGUGCGCGACCGAAACGAUCGUUACCGACAGGGUCUUUCUCAAGGCUCCCCUCGAGUUUAUGACUUCCCACACAGGGGCAGGCUCAAAGGUGUCCCUCAAUCCCCGUGACCCAGUGGUAGCGUGGCACAGAGAGGGCAUCUCCUUCCACUUCACCCCCGUUUUAGUGUGUAAAGAUCCCGUCCGAACUGUGGGCCUCGGAGAUGCCAUUUCAGCCGAAGGACUGCUCUACUCAGAAAUAUACCCGCAGUAAUGUGACUGAGAUCAUUUGUCUAAGGAAUUGGUUCUCUCAGAGCGAGAAUCUGGUUCCCUGUGAGAUUUCAGGAAGUGGGCAGGGGGAAUAGAAAUGAGGGUGUUAGAACAGGUUCGAAGGAGCAUUGGAGGAUAGCCAAAGAAAUAACACCGGGUUUAAACUGCAUAUCAAGCACAUUCCAGCCUCUCGGCGAGAUUGCGGAAACAUUUCAGGUUUUAAUUAAGAAGUUCUGGAUUUCCGUUUUUAUGUUUUGUUGUGUUUCAGGGGAGGAAAAGGCUCGCAAAACCCCCUCAUCUGUGCAGAUUUGCUUAAGGCAAACUUCUGAGUUAUAUUUGAAAGCUUGGCAGCUGCCGGGAGAACUUGUCUAUUUUUAAUCAGUCCUGGAGCGGGGGGGGUCUGCCGAUCUUCAGUCGUGUCUCAUUUGGAUAAGGCCGGGCUCUAAAGGCUCUUGUAUUCUUUUCUGUUAGGGCAUUGCUCUAGAGCAAGAGCAAACCUUCGUCCGGUGUCACGGUCAAAACGUUGCUAAGUACCGCUCAGCUUGCCUUCGAGAUUGAGGAGCCAGAAAAAAAUAGUAACAAAAAGGGACAUAGCCUGGGCUGAAGGGAAACUCUUGACUUUAAAUUAUUCGGCAGUUGAUUUUUCAGGGGUGUGUGGGUGACCGUCUAUUCAUGUGUGUUAAGAGGAACGUGCCCUCCUUCGCCUCUUCAGCGAAUGGGUUUCUCAGUAUAUGCACAGGGUUGCUUGAUAAGAUAGGCCAUCUGCUUCUGUGCCUAAAUCUCAUCUCCUGGGAUAUGGCUAUGCCGUUGCUGUGGAAAAUUUGACCUUUGCCUGUUAAGAUCCUAGAGGGAGACCUUCCUUUUUGCAACUGGAAUGAUUUUUUUCCUACCUGUUACCUUUAAUCGCGUCCUGCGGGCUUAAUUCCGUUAAGCGGUGCAGUUGACCUCUUCAGAUGCUGCAAGAAUGGCACUCAAGUGUUUAUCCCCAGAAUCAGAAAUGGGAUUUAUCUUAUGUUACAUUCUGAAUUUAUUUUUAUAAGGUAAAGAAUGUCUUGUGGUUUUUAAAAGAAAAAAAAAAACUUAAAGCAUCAUUCCCAUCUCCGUUUUCUCUAAGUGGUGUCUCUUGUUGAUUGUAGUAAGCUGCCGCCUGCUCUGUUUUGUAAAUUUGCAGAAGCUUCGAUGUGCGAUUGCGGGCCCAAAUGCACCGUACAAAUUUAUUCCAAUCUUGAUUUAUGAAUGAGAUCAGUGACAUUACUUGUACCACAUCUGUAAUGACCUCCUCCCAUGCAGGGUUAUCGUCAUAAGCUGUCCACAUUUUUUUAUUAUUAAUAUUAUGGCAUUUAAGCAUUUACUAUUGGUCAAGCACGGUUCUAGGCACUGAGGGAGAUCUAAGUUAAUCGGGUUGGACACAGUCCCUGUCUCAGAUGGGCCUUCCAGUCUAAGUAGGAGGAGAAACAGGUAUCGAGUCCCCAUUUUACAGUGGUGGAAGCCAGAUGUUUUCCUCCAGCUACAGCCCAGCCUUGCUCAUCAUCCUCAUCAAUCGUAUUUAUUGAGCGCUUACUGUGUGCAGAGCACUGUACUAAGCGCUUGGGAAGGACAAGUUGGCAACAUAUAGAGACAGUCCCUACCAGGACAACAGCAAGGCGACGUAGCGGUUUCAACUUGGAACUCUUGGGAUCAAAACCGGAGUUGGCCGCUUUGCAUUGCUGCUUAAGGGAAACACGAAAAGGCCCGCUCGACCGGCUGCUGCUGCAGGAAAGCAAGCACAAGGAGCUCUAAGACGACCUUCAGGACAGGGAAACAUAGCAGGGUUCCGCACUGUUAUUCAUUUUAAAUUCUUUGCAUAUGUAGCAGGACAGCUUAGUCCAAUAAUCCCAAACCCACAGGGGCAAACUCUUCCUUUACAAAACCCACCUUUGUUUGCCUUGGGCGGCCGGGCAGGCCAAGCAGCCUCCCGGGGCAUUCUUCUGCCACGUAGGCCCAGCGUGUGCGCAUCUGGGGCCGCUUAGUUCUGGGGAGCAGGAAUACCUUCACUUCAAAGACCCUUCCUUUGAAAGCCUGGGGAAUUGUGCAGUUGAAAUGAAAAGCAAAUGCAGCUUAUUAAAGUCUCCGACCACUGCCU